UCUCAGGCAGCGGCGGUUAGCCGCGCGUGCGCAGUGAGCGACCAGGCCCGGCCCGGCCCGCUCCCACUGUCGCUCCGAGGCCUUGAGUCACGGGCUCCGUCGGUCGAAGAUGAGCUGCCCGCGGGCCUGGCUCUGCUGCCCGGGCCUGCUUCCACAGCUCUCCAGACCUUCCCUGCCCGCCCUGCCGCCACACGCCCCUCAGCUCCUGCUGUCCCCCGCAGGCAGGGAGCCCCCGUGAGAGUCCCGAGUCCCACCCGGUCCCCUGCUCCCCGCACACGUCACCCCGACAGCCCGGGGCCCUCCCCAGCCAGGCCUCGGGCUAGAGCCGCCCCCGCGUCUGGCGGGUCCGAACUUUCGCCUCGGGUACGCCCACCUCGGGCAUCCACGCCCCAUCCCCCCCAGGUCUCCGACCGUGCCCUGGCUGGCCCCGUAGCCCUGCCCAUCGCGGGACACCCUCGGCCACAGCGCGCCCGUAACCCCCAGCCCCUCCCCUGCGCCGGGCUCCCCGCUGCUGCUGUCCUCAUCUCCCCAGUAACCCGACCACAACACUGAGCUGGGAGCGCCGAGGGCAGUUCGGGGACUUCGGCAGGAGCGCCACCCUCUUUGACCGAGAUGCCUUUGGGACCCUCUGCUGGGAGCGCCCGCUCCGAGGAUGGAAGCGAGGUCCUCCUGGAAGGAAUGGUGGAUUGGGAGCUGAGCCGUCUGCAACGACAGUGCAAAGUGAUGGAGGCUGAAAGGCGGACCUACAGCAAGGAAGUCCAUCAGCGCAUCAGGAAACAGCUAGGGGAGAUCCAGCACCUGCAGGAGGUGCGGGACCAACUCCAGACACAGAUUCGCGUGGCCGAGAACCAGGUGAAGCGGCUGCGGGACGGCCAGAGGCUGGAGAGCAUGGGCCAGCUGCUGUCCGCCCGGGCGCAGGUGCAGGUCAAGAUUGAUGAGCUGAUGGAGCAGAUCAAAGUCCUGGACAAGGAGAUCCAGGAAUGGGAGGCCCGGAUCCUUGCCCAAAGCAAGAAGUGCAAGUCCCUGUGCUUCAUCACUCAGAAAGCCAAGGUGUGGCGCAGGGUCAAGAUCCUUGAGGACCAGCUGGAUAGGGUCACCUGUCACUUUGACACUCACCUGGUGCGGAAUGCAGCCCUACGGGAGGAGCUGGAUCUCCUGCGGAUCGAGAGGAACCGCUACCUCAGUGUGGACCGUAAAUUGCGGAAGGAGACCCAGCAGCUACAGCAGAUGGUCAGCAACCUCAUCGUCUCCUCCACCUCUGCCUACUCGGUCAGGGAGGAGGCCAAGACAAAGAUGGGGAUGCUGCGGGAGCGAGCGGAGAAGGAGGAGGUGCAGAGCGAGGGUGAGGUGCAGGUGCUGCAGCGGCAGAUUGCCCACCUGGAGCAGCUACAUCGAUUCCUCAAGCUCAAGAAUGACGAGCGCCAGACAGACCCGGCUGUCCUGGCUCGGCGCACUCUGCGUGCCCAGGAGGUGGCUUCGGGCCUCCGGAAGACGUCACAGGAGCAACUGGUGCUGCGUUAUGAGGAUGCUCUGCAUAAGCUGUCUCAGCUGACAGGGGAGAAGGACCCUGACCAGCUGGUAGAGAAGUACCUGGAGAUGGAGGAGCGCAACUUCGCCGAGUUCAACUUCAUCAAUGAGCAGAACUCCAACGUGGAGCGUCUGCAAGAAGAAAUCAAGGAGAUGCAGGAGGCGCUGGUGCAGGCGCACAGGAGUGAGGACAUCCGCCACUCAACUGAGCAGCAGCAGCAUGCGGCCUCCCUGAAGCGCGAAGAUGAGCUUCGUGUGGAGGCCGAUGCCAUUGAGGCCCGAUUCCAGGACUUGGAUGCUCAGCUGGAGAAGCUCAAGGCUGGCAUCCAGCACCUUUUCACUGAGGCCCAGUGUGACAGCAGUUCCAUCCAGGACCUCCUGGGCGUGCAGGACCGCGACAUCGGCCUCUUCUUGGGCCUCAUUGAGAAGCGCCUGGUGGAGCUGCUCCUGGUGCAAUCCUUCCUGGAUACCCAGACUUAUACUACCAGCACUUUGAGUAACGCUGCCCUCAUGGUGCUGGGCCAGAGCUCAGAGGAUGCGCCCAAGAGGAUGAUCCUGCCACAGCCCCCCAUUAAUUUGGAAGACCCCCCAGGCUUUGAGGCCAAGGAUGACUACCCCAUGAGUCGGGAGGAGGUCAUAAGCCAAGUGACCAGGCUGGUGAAACUGGAGAUGGACACACAGCAGGAGAUGAUGGAUGGCCUGAGGAUGGCGGACAGCACCCCAAUGCUCGGCAGUGCCCGGGGACUUCCCCGGAGCCCCACCAACGUCCUGGGCCCCCGGACCAGCACUGUGGGGUCCUCGGGCAGCCGCCCUGCCAGCUCCACUGUUGGCCGAGUUACCUUUGGGGACCCCAGCUCCAGUGGGGGCCCCACCACGCUCAGCUCCUCCAGCCCCCGAGAAGGGCCCGGGAGUCGCGUGACCUUCAAAUCCCCCAGUUUAAAUGACAACCUCGGGUUCUCUGGAUACUUGGGGCUCAGCCGAACCCAGGAUGGUCUGGACGCCUUGCAGAAAAGAGGCAGGUCUGAGUCCAGUUUCGGGUCCAGCAAAGGCCGCAGCCAAAGCACUGGGCCUCGGUCCAACAGCGUUCCCAGCUCCACCCUGAGCAAGGAUUCUGAGAGCAACAUCUAGGGCCCCCCGCACCCUUUCUGACCCUCUCUGCUCUUUCCUGUGUCCCCUUUUCUGCCCCAUUCUGCUCUUUCCUCAUCUCUCACUCUGUCUCUUGCUCCCUUUUCUUUCUGUAUCCCCAUCUCUGGCUCUUCCCCACUCAGGGAGAAGUGCCCCCGCAGCCCCUCACCACCCCACAGAGUCACACCCUGUACUAAGCAGUGGAUGGGGGGACCCCUGAGUCUCAACAUCAG